UCCACCCCUCAAAAUGAUAGCAGUCAGCCUUGCGAUCCUUUUGUCCCUUUUCUGUAAAGCAAGUACCGCCGUCGUCUUACUCAAUUCCACUGACUCAUCUCCACCAACCAAUAAUUUCACUGAUACUGAAGCAGUCCUCAGCAAGCCACUACAGUCUGCGGAGAUCCCUAAAGCCAGGCGGAAGCGCUACAUUUCGCAGAAUGACAUGAUCGCCAUUCUUGAUUACCAUAAUCAAGUUCGGGGCAAAGUGUUCCCACCAGCAGCAAACAUGGAAUAUAUGGUCUGGGAUGAAAAUCUUGCAAAAUCUGCUGAGGCGUGGGCAGCCACUUGCAUUUGGGACCAUGGACCUUCUUAUUUGCUGAGAUUUUUGGGGCAAAAUCUAUCUGUACGAACUGGAAGAUAUCGCUCUAUUCUCCAGUUGGUCAAGCCAUGGUAUGACGAAGUGAAAGAUUAUGCCUUUCCUUACCCCCAAGAUUGCAACCCUCGGUGUCCUAUGCGAUGCUUUGGUCCCAUGUGCACUCAUUAUACACAGAUGGUUUGGGCCACUUCUAACCGAAUCGGAUGUGCAAUUCAUACUUGCCAAAACAUGAACGUCUGGGGAUCUGUAUGGCGACGAGCAGUGUACUUGGUCUGCAACUAUGCACCAAAGGGUAACUGGAUUGGAGAAGCACCAUACAAAGUAGGAGUGCCAUGUUCAUCGUGUCCUCCAAGUUAUGGGGGAGCCUGUACUGACAAUCUGUGCUUUCCAGGAGUGACGUCAAACUACCUGUACUGGUUUAAAUAAGCUUAUCCUUUUUCCUCUGGGAGAUACAUUGGUCAUUGGACUCAUAAGCAUAUAUAUAUAUAUUGAAGUUUGAACAUAUUAUGCAUAUUUUAUUAUAAUCCUGUUUUCAUUUUAAUGGCCAGUUGUCUGGUGUUUGUCUAUGGUGUUAAGUCUUAGAUACAAACAAAACAUCAAUUUCUACUUUUCUGACCUUAAAUUUAAGAUAAAAUAUUGUCGAUGUAGCGAUGACAUAGUUGUCAUGUCCAAUUCUGAAACCUGCAUUCCAGGGAAAUUAUGUUAUUAUGUCCCUAAGGAAUGAAAUAUAUGUUCAAGCUGUAAUAUAUGUGUAUUGAUAUGUAUACAUAU